UUUACGUCAAAACUUCAGGAAAUUCAUUCAAAAUAUUAAAUUAAAUCCUUUAAUAUGAUCUUUUUUUUAAUGAAAUAGUUCAUUAUGAUAUAAUAAUUGAAACAUGUCGAUUUUAAAGUGAUGUGAAGUGAUUUUAAUGUCUUAAAAGUGAAAAUGAGUUCCUUACUGUCCGCGGAACUUUCAGCGACUUGCAAUGCGUUAGGAACAUUCAAUAAAAAGACUGGGAAGUAUCUAAUAGAUGAUUUUACGCUUAACACAGUAAAAGACCUAAUCAGGUACUUACGACGUGAUGGCGAAGACCACGAAAUUCGCAGGCACUUCGGUCAAACUAAAGUGCUACAGACAGACUUGCUGCCUAUGUUGAUAGACCAUUGGGAGAGAGAUGAACUUUUCGAUGUUACGCUUAGAUUGAUUGUCAACCUGACAAAUCCAGCACUCCUACUGUACAGAGAAGAAGUGCCCACAGAAAGGUCAGCUCGGCACAAUUAUUUACAGAUAUUGUCUCAUCUGCAGUCAUAUAAGGAAGAAGCCUUCACAAAAGUUGAAACCUGGCAGUUGUUUGCCAAGAAACUGGCUAAGAUCCUGGAAAUAGAUUGGUCAGAAAGAGAUGAAGAAACAGGUUUGAUAAUUGAAAGAAUUCUGAUCUUGAUCAGAAAUGUGUUACAUGUGCCUGCUGAUUUAGAUAAAGAGAGAAGACCUGAAAACGAUGCAAGCAUUCAUGAUCAGGUACUCUGGGCCUUAAAUCAAGCUGGUAUAUUAGACAUAAUCUUAUACAUGUCAUCCGAAAACGAAAAACAGUACUUUAUGCAUAUCUUGGAAAUAAUUUCUCACUUGUUACGAGAGCAAAAUCCAACAAGUUUAGCCGAUGCAGCUUUGCAGAGGAGUGUGGACGAAAAGUUGAGGGAUGAUCAGGAAUUACUUAUGAUAAGAAUGUCUGAGAAUAAGGAGCGAUUGAAUAAGGUUAAACAGUAUUCUGCGACAAGGCAUUCUCGUUUCGGAGGAACAUAUGUGGUACAAAAUAUGAAGUCCAUAUCAGAAAACGAGCUGAUUAGCUUGAAACCAUUGAACAAAAUAUCCAACUUGGACUUUAGCGGGAGUAAGAAAACUAAGCUUGUGAAACCAAAGAAUAGGAGGCCUGUUGAAAGUGGAUUCUUAGAACGGAGAUCAGCUUUUGCUAUAAGAUUAUUUUUGAAAGAGUUUUGCAUAGAGUUUUUGAACUCGUCCUAUAAUCCAUUGAUGCAUUACGUGAAAGACGUUCUAGUGAGAGCAAAGGCGCAACAAAACGACGAAUCCUAUUAUUUAUGGGCUGUGAAAUUCUUUAUGGAGUUUAAUAGAGGUCACAAUUUCCAAGUGGGACUAGUCAGCGAGACGAUGUCCGUGCCAAUGUUCCACUACGUGCAACAGCAGUUGGAAAAAUACUACGAUAUGAUAAAAGUCGAGAAGAAAAAAUUCGCACCCUGGGUCCGAAGACUUCAUCUAUCGCUCCGAGCAUACAAAGAACUGCUUAAUACUCUACUAGCUAUGGACAAAAGUACUGACGACAGUGUGAAAGAAUCGGCAAAAGUGUUGAAGAGCAAUAUAUUCUAUGUGUUGGAAUAUAGGGAGUUUAUAUUGUCUAUUUUCCUGAACUAUGAUGAAAAUAAGAUGCCAAGGUCAUACUUGGUGGAUUUAAUAGAAACAAUACAUCUGUUCUUGAAGAUGUUGGAGUAUUAUUGCAAGAAAACAGGACUCAUGGUGCAAAAGAAAGUACGCAGAAAGGCGAAGAAGAAAUUAAAAAAACAAAAACAUCGCGCUGCAAAGCCUAAAGCAAUAGAGGUAACCGCGUGGGAGGAAAUUCGUCCUCAGAUAGCGGCAGUGUUAAGCGCGGGCGUCGAACACUAUCCACCGCCAUUCGACGCGGCAUCGGAUGUGCCCAUCGAUCAACAAAAAGAGGACUGCAUGAAGAAAAUACAGCAACGAAUGCGCGAUCACAAAUAUGAAGACGCUGUGGGUACAUUCAGAGCUGCACGGGAGGUAUGGCCAGAAGAGGGUAUUUUUGGUGUUGAUGGUAUACCAGAGGACGAAGAACUCGAUAUGCUGGGGAUCAUUUAUAACACCGAUCUCGGAGUGGAAGUAUCAGAAAUGAAUCAGGAUGAGUCGCAAGACAACUCUGAAAAUGAUGAUGAAGACGAGGAAGAUGAUGAAGAACCGUCAACAGCUGUCGUGGAAACUGACUUCGACUUUAAAGACUUCGUGUUGAGAUUCUGUCAUGCGCGCGUAGUGAGCGCCUGUGUGUAUCUCCUGGAGCGUUACGACAAAAACCUACCGCACACGAACCACUGUAUCGUGAAGAUGUUGCACAGAAUCGCUUGGGACUGCAACAGACCGGUCAUGAUGUUUCAGGCGACGCUGUUUUUGAUAUUCCAGAGGGUUCUUCACAAUCCGGUGCCGCAUUUAAAGGAAUUAGAAAAGUUCGCCGUGUUCAUUCUAAGAAAAUUCACCGAAAUAGCUUCGAGGAGCGGCAAAGUUUUUAUCGAACUAUUGUUCUGGAAAAAUUCGAAAGACGCCGUCGAAAUUGAGCACGGCUACGAUGUUAACAGCGACCCCAGGGAUAAGCUCGGCAAGGGGGGCUGGAGCGAGGAACAGGAGGAGGAACUUCGGAAACUGUAUAUGGAGAACCAAGCGAACCCCGAAACGGAUCAGGAUGUAAUCGAUUGGAUGUUGGAUAACUUGAUCGACCAAACGCGCACGCGACGUGGUGUCGUCAAGAAGCUAAAAGAACUCGGCCUCUUGUUCAAAGCGCCCACCAAGAGGAGUAACCGCGAAAGAAGGGAUAAGGUUCCUAAAGAAUUUAGCGAGGAAGAAGAUGAAAAGUUGAGGGAACUGUGGAAACAAUAUGGAGAUACACCUGAUCCAAUGACGCUAAUAGUACCUCGAAUGCCCCGUAAACGGUCUAAGCGCAGUUUCGUAGACAGACUGUUAGAGCUCGGCAUAAUAGAGGACAGGAAACAAUGCCGUAAAAAGAAACAAAGGAGAGCUAAAAGCGCCGCGGAUGACGACAAAUCGAACGAAAGUUCUUCACAGUCGGAAGGUGAAGCUUCAAACUCCGACAGCGAGAACGAUGACGGCCCGCCGCCCACAAUAAACAUCAAACCAAAGAAAAAGAACAAAAAGGACGCGGAGAAAAAACAACUAUUCAAAAAUAAAAAGCCAGUUAAAAGUGUGGAGUUAAGUGCCAAUGAAAUUGCAAAACUGCUGGUGCAAGCUGUCGAUGAGGGUUACACAGAAGCUCUAAAGUGGGUAGCGGAGAAUCUAGAAGAGGUAGCGCUGGACCAAGAAGCUGAGGGUUUUGACCCUUCAGCAGAAGGUACUCCACUUGUACCUAUAUCAAGUGAAUCCGCAGAAGCUAUGGACAGUACGCUAUUCGUUAAAGUGCUAAAAAGUAUUGGCGUGCUCCCUCCCAGUGACGAACAAGAAACCUACUGGAGAAUACCGAGCAGCCUACAUCAUGAAACUAUUCGUAAAAGACGAGAAAUUAUUAUAAAAGCUGUAAACAAAGAACUCAUCAUCGACAGUACAAAUACAAAUGCAAAUGAUAGUAAUACUAGAACGAAUGAUACAGUACCUGAAAAUAGUGAAGAAAGAACAGAUAACAAGGACGAUUCAAGCGACGACGACGAUUUAUUUGAUAAUUUGCGAAAAAUACGCGAUAAUAUACCUGAAUUAAGUGAUAAUGUAUCGAAUUAUAAAAGUGUAUCGAAUAAUCGUAAACGAAGUCGCAGUGUUAAUGCCGAUGAAGGUAAUAAUCGGAAGAUGCAGAGAAUCGAUGAACAUGAAGACGAGGAUGAAGAUAUUUUGUCGUUCGCUAAGAAAACUUUACAAACCGAAUUGCCUGAUACUGAAGAUAUAUUAAGUGGACUGCCGCAACACAGUGAUGACAGCGAGCGGGAAGAUGGCGGCGCGGCGAGAGGGAAACGCAAAAAACUACGAGUAAUUAGCGACGACGAAUCCGAAUGAACAAUUUAUUAAAAUUUCUUCAAUGUU